AUGGCCGACGCUUUAGUUAAUGUUGCUGCCGAGGCGAUCCUGAAAAAGUUAGCAUCCAUAGCUGUCAACGAAGUCGCCCUUGCUUGGGGUUACAAAGAGAAGUUGUACACACUUGAAGGGACCUUGAAAAUGAUUCGUGCCAAGUUACAGGAUGCCGAGAAUCAGAAAGGUCAAAAACAUAGUGUGAUGGAGUGGCUGAAACAGCUAAAAGAGGUGGUUGCUGAAGCUGAUGAUGUAGUCGAUGAGGUUCACUACGAAAUGUUGAGGCGUGAGGUAAAGAAGCGAGAUCGGGUGGCAAUAAAGGUACCCUCUCUCCCAAGCUUGAAAAAGCUUUUCUUUCGUAGUGAAAUGGGUCAUAAAAUCAAAAACAUUAACGAAAAGUUGUCUCAAAUCAAUAAACAAGCAAACGAGUUGGGACUACAAAAUGAACAGCCUGGCCCUGUUGUUCAAUAUCGCCCCUACCUGGAGACAGAUCCAAAUUUAGGCGAAUUCAAAAUUGUUGGGAGGGAGGAUGAGGAAGAACGCAUCAUACACCUUUUAACCGAGUUAAGAAAAGAAGAAAAACUUACGAUUGUUCCUAUUGUGGGAAUGGGCGGGAUGGGGAAGACCACUCUGGCUAAGUCCGUAUACAAUAAUCCAAAAAUCCAGCAACAUUUUGAUGUGAAAGCUUGGUUGUGUGUGUCGGUUAAGGUUGAUAUCAACACACUUCUCGUAAAGAUCUAUGAAUCUGUUGCAGGAGAGAAACCUAAGUUGGAAACAAUGGUCAAUUUAGUUCGAGAUCUUGAAUUGAAGUUGGGUUCAAAAAGAUAUUUGCUAGUCCUGGAUGAUGUCUGGGAUGAACAGAGAUUAUAUUGGGAAGACUUUAGGAGUGUUAUGAUAAAUGUGAAGUCCCAAAUUGGAAGUAGCAUUCUUGUUACUACCCGGAAACUUGACAUCGGAACUAAGGCUAUGGCGAUGGAUUCAUGUCCUUUAAAAGGUCUUUCUAGUGAUCAUUGUUGGUACAUCUUUAAAGAGAGAGCGUUUCUACCAGGUCAAUCACCACUAACCGAAUUGGAGGAGAUAGGGCGUGAUAUUGUGAAAAAGUGUGGUGGUUUACCGUUGCUAGUAAAGGUAAUAGGAGGCAUGUUGCAAAAUUACAAUGACCAAGAAAAGUGGUUGUCCAUCAAAAAUAGCAAAGUCUGGGAUCUAGAAGAUGAAAGGGAUAGAGUUGAAAAAAGCUUGCAACUAAGCUUUGAUAAUCUUCCUAAUUCUAUGGCUAAGCAAUGCUUUGCAUAUUGUUCCAUCUUUAAGAAAGAUACACUCAUGAAAAAGGAAGAACUGAUCCAACUUUGGAUGGCUUUUGGGUUGGUUCAAGCAGAUGAGGAAAAAGACAAGGAGGUGGAUGAUGUGGGAAAUGAUAUUUUUCAAAUUUUGGUUAGCAAUUCAUUGUUCCAAGAUGUUGAAAGGGAUGAGCUGUAUGGUCACAUCACUUGUAGCAUGCAUGAUCUGGUGCAUGAUCUUUCAUUAUCACUUUCAAAACAUGAAAGCUUAUGUCUGGUGGAUGCGACAAAUGAUGACAUUACAUGUAUCCCUCAGGUUAAACAUCUCGCAUUUUACCAAGAACAGAACUAUAAAUUGGCAGCGGAGGUUUCUAUGUUCAUUGAAAGGAAGAUGGUGGCUAGAACUUUGCAUACAUUGUUCAUCAAAGGUGAAGUUGGGAAGACGUUUUCAUUUCAACGAUUAAAGUGCAUACGCAUCCUAAAACUCAACAAAGAUAGUAUUGAGAAGUUAGACGAUUCAAUUGGAGAGUUGGUGCAUCUUAGGUAUCUUGAUUUGUCAAAGACGUAUAUUAGUGUUCUUCCUAAAUCUAUUGGUAAACUAUACCACUUGCAAACUCUGAAGUUGCACAAUUGCUAUCAUGUCAACAAGUUUCCAAAAACUAUGAGAAAUUUGAUAAGCCUGCGAUAUUUCAUUUAUGACCAAAACAUUCCCACCAAUAUUGUGGGACAAUGGACUCUUAUCCGAAAAUUGCCUUCCGUCAAAGUGCUUAGAAGGAAGGGACAUGGUAUUGAAGAGCUACGCCAUUUGAAUAACCUUACUGGAAAGCUCUGUAUUGUCGAUCUAGAAAAUGUUAGGAGCAAAGAGGAUGCUGUCAAGGCAGAUUUAUCGAGAAAGAAAAAUUUAUACGAUAUUGAGUUCAAUUGGAGUGGGAAUGAUCAAGGCUCCAACAGAGUUGCUGACAAGGAUGUAUUGGAAGGCUUGCAGCCCCCUGGAGGUGUUAAGAUAUUGAGAAUUAUAAAUUUUUGUGGUGAUAAUUUUCCAGAUUGGGUAACGAAGAUGGCAAUCCAUAUCGAACGGAAAUGGACUCCCCUUGACAAGCUGGUGGAGAUCAGAUUAUAUGGAUGUAGCAGCUGCCUCUCUUUUCCAACCCUUGAGCACCUUCCACAUCUUCGGGAUCUUUGGUUGGGAGGUAUGGACAGCUUGACAUGCUUAAGGAGUUCCAGUGUUACCGGAUCAAACAAGCCUUUGUCUCCAUCGUUGAGAUUGCUCUGGUUAAUGGGUAUGAAAAAGCUGGAAAAGUGGAUAGAUGGAGAACCCAACAGCUCAAAAAUGAUAUCCCCUGUCCUUGAGAAGUUGGUCAUUUGGAGGUGCCCAAAUAUGAUUCUCUUAGAUGAAUGCCAUCCCCAUCCUCUUGUUUCUUUAAUUAUCCAGAACUGCACUGGUCUGGCGUCCAUUAAGAGCAUACAAGGCCUUACAUCUCUUGAAUCUUUAUCUAUCAAGAGGUGCCCGUCAAUCACAUUAUCUGACUGUAGGAGCUGCCUCUGUCUUCCGACGCUUGAGAACCUGCCACAUCUUCGGGAUCUUGAGUUGGAGGAUAUAGACAGCUUGACAUGCUUAAGUAUUCCCGAUGUUACUGGAUCAAAAAAGCCUUUGUCUCCAUCGUUAAGAUCGCUGAAACUAUCGCGUAUGUUCAGCCUGGAAAAGUGGAUAGAUGGAGCAACCAAUAGCUCAACAAUGAUAUCGCCUGUCCUCGAGAAGUUGGAGAUUACUCAUUGCCCAAAGAUUAUUCUCUUAGAUGAGUGCCAUCCCCAUCCUCUUGUUUCCUUAGAAAUUAGAGCCUGCACAGGUCUGGUGUCUAUUAAGAGCAUACAAGGCCUCACAUCUCUCGAAUCUUUAAAAAUUGCCAUGUGUCCUAGUCUUUCAGAAAUAACCAAUUUACCCAACCAGUGUCAUUCUUUGAAUACUUUGCAAAUUAUCCAUUGCGACAAACUGACUUCCUUGCCUCACAAAAUGUUUGACUGUUUUGCCUUCUUAAAUGAGUUGAGAGUUGGUCCGUUCUCAAAGGAGCUCGAUUCUUUCCCAAGUCUCCAAGGCAUCGAGAAGUUAAGUAACCACCUUCACUCGUUAGAAUUGAGAGGUUGGGAUCAUUGGGAGUUGAUACCUGAAGAAAUACAACACCUCACCUCACUGUCUUGGUUACACAUAGAUGGAUUUGGAAUACAAGAACUGCCCAUGUGGUUAGCCAGCAUGUCAUCUAUCCGACAUUUGAAUUUCCAUGAAUGCAAGGGGCUAAAUAAAGAAACAGUUAGACGGGGAGCACCACAGGAAGCAACUGAUGUCACACUAAAUAAUAAACUAUGUUAA